CGGAACAGAUAGAUUUUGACUAGCCAAUCUUCUAUGUGAAACACUGGAGAUUAAGUCCUGUCAUUAAAACGUUUUCCCCGCCGGUCAACGGAAAUCACGGUUGAGUGGACCUUAAUAGCAAAUAUAGGACUUCUAAUUGUCCUUGAAAAGAUCCCUACAAUGGCAGAUAAUACAGAACAAAACGAGACAAAGCAUGACAACUCAUCGUCCCCUGGAAUGACAGACCAAGAGAAAGAAAUGGCAGCCAGUGCAUAUGAAGCAUUUUCGACGGGGAAGUACGACGACUCUCUGAAACACCUUGAAGCCCUGCAGGAGCUGAACAAAGAGGACUACAAGAUUGCCAUGAAUAAAUCUAUUGUAGAGUUUUACAAAAGUGGUCAGACUACCACAGGGCAUCUGAAGCAGACCCUGAUGGCAAUGAAGAACCAGGUUCACACAUCAUCAGAGGAUGUUGAUGGGUUGGAUGAUGUUGAAAAUAGUUUGUUGUACUAUAAUCAAGCCAUCAUCCACUAUCAUAUGCGCCAGUACUCUGAAGCCAUCUCCAUUGGAGAGAAGCUCUACCAGUUUCUGGAACCAUUUGAAGAGAAGUUUGCUCAAGCUGUGUGUUUCCUGCUGGUGGAUCUCUACCUGCUCACCUUCCAGCCAGAGAAGGCUCUCCAUCUGCUGGCUGUGCUGGACAAACUCUCUGUGCAAGGAAGCAACAAGAACGGCAAAGGAGAGAGCAACAGCUCAAACAAAGAUGGAGCAAACCAGCGGGCAGAGUUCACAGCGAUGAUUGAGGCAGCUAAAUCAAAGAUGCACCAGUACAAAGUGAGAGCCUACAUCCAGAUGAAGUCCUCCAAAGCCUGUAAAAGGGAGAUCAAGUCGGUGAUGAACACAGCAGGAAAUUCUGCAUCCUCACUCUUCCUUAAGAGUAACUUUGAGUACCUGAGAGGAAACUACCGGAAAGCAGUGAAGCUGCUGAACAGCUCCAACAUCGCAGAGCAUCCUGGACCCAUCAAGACAGGUGAAUGUGUUCGAUGUAUGUUCUGGAACAAUCUGGGCUGCAUUCACUUUGCAAUGGGGAAACAUAACCUAGGCAUUUUCUACUUCAAGAAGGCACUGCAAGAGAACGACCACACCUGUGCACAGCUGGGAGAUGGCAGCAACGGGCAAUCUAAGAAGUUCACAGGUAUCCCCAUGUGUGCUCUACUAGCCAACAAGCGCUAUGAGCUGCUUUAUAACUGUGGCAUUCAGCUGCUGCACAUCGGCAGGCCUCUGGCAGCAUUCGAGUGUCUGAUGGAGGCGGUGCAGGUCUACCACUCCAACCCUCGACUGUGGCUGCGACUGGCAGAGUGCUGCAUCUCCGCUAACAAGGGGGGUUCGGAGCAGGAGAGCAAAGGUUUACCUUGUAAAAAAGGUAUAGUUCAGUCUAUUGUCGGGCAGGGCUACCACCGCAAGAUCGUCCUGGCAUCACAGUCUACCCAGAACACUAUCUACAGUGAGGGCCAGUCAGCAGCCAUCCCAGUAGCCAGUAUGGAGUUUGCAGCCAUCUGCCUGAGGAACGCUCUGCUGCUGCUGCCUGAACACCAGCAGCAGGACAUGAAGACAGAAAACGGCUCCAAGUGCUCCAGUCAGUCAGGAAGCACUGAGAGCGGCAGUGAGAACAGUGACGCCUGCAGUGGGAAAGGUCAGGAGGCAGAUAAGUUCUUGUCUGCAGCUCCAUCGUCUCCUCUCAGAAAACAGGAGGUAGAAAACCUCAGGUGCUCCAUCCUGGCCUGUAGCGCCUAUGUGGCGUUAGCACUGGGAGACAACCUGAUGGCUCUAAACCAUGCUGAGAAACUGCUCCAUCAAACCAAGGUUUCAGGAUCCCUGAAGUUCCUGGGUCACCUCUAUGCUGCUGAAGCCCUCAUCUCAUUGGACAGGAUCUCUGACGCUAUUGCUCACCUCAACCCGGAGAAUGUCAGUGACGUGUCAAUGGGGGUGCUGACCAGCGAACAAGACCAAGGGUCUGACAAAGGAGAUGAGCCUGUUGAGUCCUCAGGGAAGCAGACCCCCCUGUGUUACCCCAGCAGUGUAACAUCAGCUCGGGCCAUGAUGCUCUUCAACCUGGGCAGUGCCUACUGUUUGAGGAGCGAGUAUGACAAGGCCCGCAAAUGCCUGCAUCAGGCUGCGUCUAUGGUAAACACCAAGGAGAUUCCCCCUGAAGCCAUCCUGUUGGGAGUCUACUUGGAGCUGCAGAAUGGAAACACCCAGCUGGCCCUGCAGAUCAUCAAACGGAACCAGCUGCUGCCCACGGCGGUCCAGAGGGUCUCCCCAGACUCCCGCAAGAAACCCGUCCAGCCAUUCCCCUCUGUCCAGCCCAUCCUGCUACCUUCAUCGUUCACACAAGUUCAGCGCAAAUGAGCCUCCGCAACACCCCUCCCCCCAACUCCACGCCACACAAACCACACACGCACACACGCACACACGCACACACACACACACACACACACACACACACAGCUCUGAGGAGUCUUGAUAUUUAUAAAGCUGCUUCCCCUCAGCAUCAGGAGCCAUAUGAAAUGCAGGUCUGGCAGCUGACUGAGGAGAGAAGUGUCCAUGGACUGAGACCAGCUGGGAUCACUCUGACCUUUUUAUUUUCAUUUGACUAAGGAGUCUGUGUGUUGUCUGAACUAUGAAAAUAAAUUUUAUUUACUGUA